UGGCAGACGAUCGCCGACAUGAAGUACCAAUAGAGAGGCAAGCGACGCAGGGAAGAAUAUUAAAAGAGAAAGCCACGGCGGAUAACGUGUCGUAAUAUUUGAGCGAGGUAAAGUGGGAGAGCGAGAAACGAGCCCAGGAAAUCGGUUAGUUGCUUUCUGUACACUAUAACGCGACGCAUCGGUCAAGUCACGCUCCACAGAUCAACAAUUUCCAGAUACAACCCGACACUUUGUAUUCCUUCUAUUCAAUCAAUAAAUUCGAGAGUGUAAAUGCAGUAGACUCGAUGCAGACAAUCGUAAACAAAGCAAUAACGCGACCUCAUUACUUUUUUGCCCAUAAAACCGUUUGCUUUUCGUUGGUGGGCGCAUGAAUAUUUUGAUAUUUCUUUUGAAAAACCGUUAUUCUCGUGGCGUUGUGAGCUCUUUUGAAAAAUGGCGAAAGAUGGUACAGUAUUCAUAACGUUCGUCGUGUCUCUGGCAGUCCUUCAUCUUGUCAUUGUGGCCGGAAAACCAGUUGAAACACCAACAAAGUUUAAUAUCAACACCGUGGAAAGCGUCGAUCGAAGCAGCCAGUCCUCUCCGUCCACAUGGGAACAAGGGAUGGAAUUGUUAGGCCGAGUCGGAGAUGCAUUAAGAUUCGGCAGAGGGAAAUUAAUCAAUUCUGCUAUAAUGAUGAGAAAUAUUAUAGCGGAAAGAGCGGAGGGCUUAGCCAGCGAGGCUCGUAACAAUGUUGCAUCGGUGAUUGCUGCCAAAAGUGACAUUCUAGCGCAGGGAUCGAAUGCUGUAAAUACGGUCGUCACUUCUGGAGCUUUUGACAGCCUUUUAGCACCGAAAACUCGCGAAACGGCGAGGCUCGAAAACGAGAGUGACCAAGCACUUUUCGAAGUCAAGAAGGGCAAUCCAAUCGGAAAUUUGAUCGCGAUGUACCUCAGACCUACGCCUUUGGUCGAUAAAAUUCGUGAGGAAGAUAAGUAUGGAAAUUCCGGUGACAAAUUCAUCGGCAUUGGACGAGCUCUGGUAGGCGGAUUCGAAGGAUUGAGUAAUUUUUUGAACACCGUUGUCGAUUUUCCAAUUGACACAGCGAAGAAAACUUCGCGAGGCGUUUCCAGAGCUCUGAACGAAUUGGGAGGUCGACUGGUCGGUCUUCAGUGAUGUUUUUUUUGUUAAUUCUCACGUGUCAGUAUUACUUUACAACUCGUUGAUAAAAUACUCGACGAUUAUGGUGUUUAACGAUAAUGUAUAAAUAUAUUUGCGAGUAAGAAGAAAAAGAAAAAUGUAAAUAAAGCUCGUACUAAA